CGCAUCGACGUCUGUCCACAGUGUACGUACGCCUGGCCCAGAUGCCUGCCCGCCGCCCCCCGGCGUCAUCCCACAUGCGGCCCUUGCCUGUGUGCCGCGGCGCCGCCAGAUCCGUCGUGCACGACGAGCGCGGUAGCUGCGUCUGUGACCCGCAUUGAGUCGCCGCGAUCCGUUGCUCGUCGUCGUCGUCGCCAUCAACAUCACCGUCAUCGCAACAGCAAGCUCGCGAGCCGCGUCGUUGUUCGCGUUGACACCGGCCCCCCCUCGAGGACCCUCGUCAUGCCCUCGGUCUCGUCCGGUCUGCUCGGCGGCGACAAUUGGGACGAGGCAAAGCUCGCCGCCGCCUCGUCCGACUCCGACUCCGACAUUGCUUACCCGGGCCGCCGGCAGGCGUCGUCGUGGAAGUCGAAGCCCGGCCAGAUCCUCAGUCGCCUCAGGCCGUGGCUGCGGCUGUCGUCCCACGGUGCUCAGAACCCAGGCCCGACGGCCUACUUGGAUGGCCUGCGCGGCUUCGCGGCUCUCCUCGUCUACUGGCACCACCACGAGCUCUGGGUGCGCAACCCCUUCAUCUUCGAGAAUGCCUUUGGCUUCGAGGGCAACUUUUACUUUGCCACGCUGCCCGGCGUGCGCACCUUCUUCACCGGCGGCCACUACUCGGUGACCGUCUUCUUCGUCCUCUCGGGCUAUGUCCUCUCCCUCAAGCCGCUGUCCCUCAUCGAAAAGGGCGACUUUGCCGGCCUCAGCGAUCACUUGGCAUCGGCCCUGUUCAGGCGCUUCUUUCGGCUCUACAUGCCGCUCGUCGCCGUCGUCCUCGUCUACGCCACGUCAUGGCAUCUCUUCGGAUACUGGGUCGACACGGGAACCAUUCCGCAGAGCACCUGGUUGGGUGAGAUGUGGGCCUUCUAUCUCGAGUUCAAGAACUUCAGCUUCAUCUUCAAGGAGGGCGGCGAGCCGUGGAUGACGUUUCACCGCCACAUCUGGUCCAUCCCCGUGGAGAUGAGGGGGUCCAUGAUCGUCUUCAGCACGAUACUGGCGCUCUCGCGAUGCACGCGCAAGGCCCGCGUGUGGUGCCUCGUCGGCCUCAUCUUUUACUUUCUGUACAUUGCCGACGGCUCCUAUGGCUCCAUGUUCCUUGCGGGCACCUUGCUGUGCUAUUUUGACAUGCUGUCCAAGGCGGGCCAGCUGCCGGCCGUCUUUGAGCGCCUACGCAGGUACAAGAUGUUCAUCGUCUACCACAUGCUAGCCAUCAGCAUCUACCUAGGCGGCGUGCCGAGCCAUAACAACGACAUGGACCAGUUUGCGAGGAACCGCGGCUGGUACUACCUGUCGCUGCUCAAGCCGCAGGCCGUCUUCGGCUACAAGUGGUUCUACCUCUUCUGGGCGGGGACGCUGCUGGUGGCGGCGGUGCCGCGCAUCAGCUGGCUCAAGGCCUUCUUCGAGACGCGGCUCUGCCAGUACCUGGGCCGCAUCUCGUACGCGCUGUACCUGGUCCACGGCCCGGUGCUGUGGACCAUUGGUAACAGGCUGUACAUGAUGGUCGGUUGGCAGACGGAGAAGCAGCUCGAGGCGAUUCCGCAGUGGGGGAACUGGUGGUCGCUGCCGCAGAUCGGGCCGACGGGGCUCGAGCCGGCGUUCCUGGUGCCGCAGCUGCUGCUGAUGCCGCUCACGCUGUGCCUGGCCGACUUCGUGACGAGGUCCAUCGACAAGCCGAGCGUGCGGUUCGCGAGCUGGCUGUACAGGUCGACGCUGCCUGAGGCGCCAGGGAAGCACAACCGGGCCUGAGCUGGAACAUGGAUAUGUGAUACAUGACAUAUAUGGGUAGAGCAUUUAGCGUUUUUCGGUAUUAUUAGAAAAAGGCAUUUACUAGUACUUGAAAGCAUUUACAGCAC